AUGGCACAAAACGGAGUUUCCGAGGGGUCUAGCGACUUUCAUAAACCGUCGCAGCGUUACCUGAGCACUCGCGGCGAGGACAGUGAUUGCUCGUUCGAAGAGGUUGUUCUACGUGGCUUGGCUUCCGAUGGCGGCCUGUACAUUCCCGAGCAGAUCCCCAGGGCUACGGCCUGGGAAAGCUGGAAAGACCUGAGCUUCUCGGACCUGGCCUACGAAAUCAUGUCUCUCUACAUCUCACAGUACGAGAUACCCUCACCAGAUCUCAGGGAUCUUGUCAACCGAAGUUACUCGACUUUUCGCAGCGACCAAGUCACCCCGCUCGUCCAACUUGACGGCAACCAUUACCUUCUCGAGCUUUUCCACGGUCCCACGUUUGCCUUUAAGGACGUUGCCCUUCAAUUUGUUGGCAACCUGUUCGAAUAUUUUCUAGCUAGGAAAAAUGAGGGCAAAGUUGGAAGAGACCGUCAUCAUCUCACAGUCGUUGGUGCUACCAGUGGUGACACUGGCUCCGCUGCCAUUUACGGCCUACGCGGUAAAAAAGAUGUUUCGGUAUUCAUCAUGUUCCCCAAGGGCCGCGUAAGCCCUAUCCAGGAGCUGCAAAUGACCACUGUCUUGGAUAAGAAUGUGCACAACCUCUCCAUUGAAGGGACUUUCGACGAUUGCCAGGACAUCCUGAAAUCCAUGCUCGCCGAUCCCGAGGCCAACAAGCCCAUCAACGUUGGUGCUGUCAACUCUAUCAACUGGGCUCGUAUUCUGGCACAAAUUACUUAUUACUUCCACUCAUAUUUCUCCCUGGUUAAGCAAUCCCCAAACUUCAAGCUUGGUGACAAGAUUCGAUUCGUCGUGCCCACUGGAAAUUUUGGAGACAUCCUGGCCGGGUACUUUGCCAUGCGUAUGGGGCUACCUGUUGAGAAACUGGUCAUCGCAACCAACGAAAACGACAUUUUGGACCGCUUCUGGAAGACUGGAAAGUACGAGAAGCAGCCCGCGCCCGAAGAUGGCAAGGAUAUCGCCCCCGAGGGCGUCAAGGAGACUCUCAGCCCCGCCAUGGAUAUUCUGGUUUCUAGCAACUUUGAGCGCCUGCUCUGGUUCUUAGCCUACGAAUUUGCCUCAAGUGCGGGUAUGGACGACCAGUGGAACAAGAAGCAGGCAGGCCAGGAGGUUUCCAAGUGGCUUAAGGAGUUGAAGACCACGGGGUCAUUCGGCCCCGUCUACCAGGAUGUUCUGAAAUGCGCCAAGCGCGACUUUGACAGUGAGCGAGUAGACGACAACCAGACCCUGGAAACCAUACAGGCUCUGUACAAGAAGGUUGGAUACGUUCUGGACCCGCAUUCCGCCGUUGGUGUUGCUGCCACCAUCAGAUCCGCCGCCAACGCCAGCCCAGAUGUUCACCACAUCUCGUUGUCCACAGCCCACCCCGCUAAAUUUUCCAGCGCAGUGGAGAAGGCAUUGAACGGACAAGACGGCUUCGAUUUUGAGAACAAGGUACUGCCCAAGGAGUUCGUCGGACUAUCCGAGAAGGAGAAACGGGUCACUGAGGUGGAAGGGAGUGUAAGCAAGGUCCGGGAGCUUGUCAAGGCACAGGUAGAGCAGGAACUUUCCGAGCUUCAGUGA